AUGAAGUUAAUUUUGGUAGUGGUGUCUGCACUCUUAGUGUUGAGGGGUAUCGAGGGUGCUCCCUGCACCAGGGUGCGGAGUGUGGACAUAACGAAUGGAGUUAAGCACCCCAACUCUUCAGUGAUAUAUGAAGGAGUGGAAUAUAAAGAGGGAACUUGGUAUGAGCUCGAAGAGAAUGGGACGACCCUUGUGCUGGGCUGUCCCUGUAUUGGACGGAUAUGCAUACACAGAUGUUGUAGACAGGGCACUGCAUUUUUCAACGGGAGCUGUACUGAAACAAACUCGAGUGCAAUAAACCCUUUCAGUCCACCUGUAUACAAUGGAAAGGUGACGUCGACCGUGGUUGCGCACGAGCAGUUCUUCUACUUGUACUCGCGUCCCUGUGAUGACAGCUACGGGGUCGACUCCGGCGCACCGGGCGAGGAGCUUUAUAUUCAAGAGAAUGGCACACUAUACGAGGUGGCCACAGGAGGUCAGAUCUGGCACGAACCUACCACAUAUUGCGUGGAGAUGAUGUUCAACCAAGACUUUGCUGAGCCACGUCUGGUGGCUGCUGUAUGCUUCGAUGACGUAGUCACUGAUGACAGUCCCAUCCUCUACACUGCAUAUGCUGUCGGUUUAAUCCUCUCAGUCCCAUUUCUUCUGGCAACAUUCCUAAUCUACGCUUUCAUUCCUGAACUAAGGAACCUGCACGGUAUGUGCCUAAUGGCGUACUGUGGUGGUCUGAUCGUGGCCUACCCGUUCCUGGCUUAUCUAAAGCUCCAUGUUGGAAGGGUUGGCGUCGAGAUGACAGGCUGUCUGGUUGUUGCGUUCGUCGUUUACUACGCAUUCCAAACGUCAUUCUUCUGGCUAAACGUCAUGUGCUUCGAUAUUUGGAGGACUUUCAGUGGCUAUCGAGGUGGCAGCUCAAACAAAAGAAGAGAGCGAAGGAGGUUUCUGUUGUACGGCCUCUAUGCUUGGGGCGUUCCGCUCAUCCUCACUGGCAUCACAGCUGGCAUGCAGUUUGGAGACCUCCCCGCGCACAUCAUCAAACCCGGAUUCGGAACUAAAAGAUGCUGGUUUGUUGACUGGCUGAGUGACCUGGUGUACUUCUUCAUUCCCGUGCUGAUACUGGUGGUAUGCAACGUGGUAUUCUUCUCCGUGACUGCGCACCGCAUUCGUUCUAUUAGACAGGAGACAGCCAUCUUGAAAGGCGCGGAGUCCUCGCGAAGUGACAAGCUUAAGAAAGACAAACAAAGAUACGGCCUCUACCUCAAGCUUUUCAUGGUCAUGGGAGUGAAUUGGACGGUAGAACUCCUGAGUUUUGCAAUCGGAGGCUCCAACUGGUAUUGGAUCAUCACCGACAUAUCGAACAUCGGACUUGGUAUAUUCGUCUUCCUAAUAUUCGUAUGGAAGAAGAAAGUACGCAAUUUGGUACAAAAGAGAUUCCGCAGCAUCUUCGGUCUACCGACAACGGAACACGACCAGCGCACGGGCAAGUGGAACACCACCAGCACUGCGCCUACAGAAGACACGCGCAUAUCUACCGACGAUUCUGCUAUGCGACUAAAAGAUAUGCACUAA